UUGGAGCUAGAAACCACAUUCCCGGUUCUUUUUGAACUUAUAUUUCUCUCCUGCUGCAUGUCAUGAAGUGAAAAGCUCUCAUGUUAUUAUGGAAUCUGUUAUGGAAGAAGUCCCUGGUGAAAUAGUUCAAGAUGUUGAAAUAUUAAGUGAAGAUAUACUACAGAAUGACUUAAGUGAAAAUGCUGAUGCACUUCAAGAGACUUUGGUUGUUCAGGAUGCUGAACUUUCUGUAGCUACCGAACCGGUGUAUUAUCCAGAAUACCAAUUUGAUAGCCCAUGGACACUGGUUUGUGCAGCACAAAAAGAAUUUGAGAUUACCAAAACCCAAGGGUUUUUGAAAGGAUGCAAGUGGUCACCCGAUGGAACCUGCCUUUUGGCAUGUGCUGAUGAUGGUCUGCUGAGGCUAUUUGAUCUCCCUGCUGAUCUCUACAACAGCCACAAAAAAACCUUUCAGGGUUGUUCCACCACUGAACUUUCACCUUCAUUGAGAAUCAAAGAGGGUGAAAUCAUCUACGACUAUUGCUGGCAUCCUCACAUGUCCUCUUGGAAUCUAGAAACCUGUCUGCUUGCCAGUACAGCUAAAGGCAGCCCAACCCAUUUAUGGGAUGCCUACAAAGGGACUUUGACUGCCACAUACCGAGCUUACAACAAUGUCGACGAAAUAGAAGCUGCCAACAGCUUGUGCAUCAGUCCAGAUGGAGACAAAUUGUAUUGUGGCUUCGACAAAUGCGUCCGUGUUUUUGACAUCCAGACGCCUGGCAGACAUUGCGAAAUGCGUCCCACCAAAUCGACUGACGGUUUGUCAGCUAGCCAGUCUGGGAUCAUAUCAUGCAUCGCGGUCAAUGGAGCUCUACACUCGGUUUAUGCAGCAGCUAGUUACCUGAAAACGAUCGGAUUGUACUCGGAGCCUGAAGGUGUUGCACUCUGCGUCUUGGAGGGACACAGAGGAGGCGUAACGCAUCUCAAAUUUUCUCCAGACGGUAUGGUCUUGUACAGCGGAGGAAGAAAGGAUCCAGAGAUAUUAUGUUGGGAUCUGCGCAAUCCAGGUCGCGUUCUCUACUCCAUGUCCAGGACGGUGGAGACGAACCAGCGAAUCUACUUCGAUUUGGAUCCCAGCGGGCAUUACCUCAUCAGCGGAGACACGAGUGGCUGCGUGACAAUUUGGGACACACAAACCGGAGUGGAAACGAGCAAUAGCGAAAGUCCCAUGUUGUCCAUGAAAUCGCUGCCGGAAAGGUUUCGUUGCAGAAUGAACGACGACUGUACGAACGGUGUCAGCUUUCAUCCUUGGCUGCCGUUAGUGGCCACCAGUUCCGGCCAGCGGCAUCUAACCUGUCGUCUCAACGAUUCAGUGGACGACAGCAGCAGCGACUCUGAAAUCGAUGGCGAACAUUCACGUCAGAAAUCGCCAGGUAGAGAAAAUGCAGUCAAGUUGUGGUGGGCCGGCAACAUGGAUCGCGAAGCUCCGUAAUUGCAUGUCAAACGACACGAAUUUUGUUCGACUAAAAGGGCCUACAUAAUGUAAGCUUGACAACAAAAGAAAUAAUAAAAUUU